AUGGACGCAGCGGCAGCAAAGAGCUUCAAGCUGGAUGCCAGCGCUGGCGGGUGUUCCGGCAUGUUCUGGAGAACGAAGCCGGAGAUGGGCUCUACUACGUCGAGCUCCGACUGGCCGCGCAACGGCACCAUGCUCAAGGGCUGGUACGUCACGGAGCACCCCGGGUGGGUGAAGAUCGACCACCCGGAAGGCUACUGGAUGCCCGUGGAGCAGCACGGGAAGGCCGUGAUGCACGAGGUGGACUCGUAAGCCGCCAAACUGCUACGCCAUUUGGCCCGACGGAAAUAUGAUAUAAUAGUGGUGGUUGCUGUAGAAGGCCGCCUGAAUAUGGCGGGUCGACCAAGUGCAGGGCUGGUGAAAUUGCGUGACACCGAUUGAAUAUUCAAGUUGUCUCAUGCUCGGAAAUAGCGCCGGGUGCCCAGUGUAAGGCUGGCCGAAUUCCUUGGUACUACUAUGCCGCCUCAUACAGGACCACUACUGUGCAGCGUCAACUGCAUGCGUGUGAGCGUUCUACAUGCGGAAGUAGUCUCUUCUACAUACCUAGUUUUCGUCAAUGUCGGAUUGUUCGACGCGGUGAGAAGCUCUCGGUUUCGUACCAAUGUUCCCGUAGUGAUCAUAUGACCUCCAGCCGAGGGGGUAAAGGCUCGCCAUUGGCACAGUGUGCACGCACGGAGCGUCCAAAGAGUUCCAUGGUAGAUGAGGCUUGUCGUCGGUCACUGAAAGAAGGCCGCCACACGCACGAGAUCGAUUUUGUUGGCAGCGCGUUGUACUAUCGUAUGCAUAGUAGUAGAAUUAGUCAUAGUAGUAGCUGUUAUUGCUGUUGUGGUUGCUGUUUCGUUGAUGAUGAUGAUGCCAUCGUCGUUGUUGUUGCGGUCGUCGCCGGUGUUGUUAUGUUGUGUCGGUGUCUUCACCAUUGAAAGCAGGCAAAAUGUGGCACGCUUGAAGGUAGAAGCGUUAACUUCGAUCAUCAUAACCCGACCCAUCUGGAGCGCAUGUGUCAUGGCCGCCGCAGUCGUCGUCGUUGUUGGAUGUCGAUGUUUGUUGUUGCCGUUUGCGGUCCCGAACGCUUGCGAUCACAAGAGUUAUGUAUGUGUGCCCCAAAUUUUGACCCGUUUCGCCA